UCGUGAAUUGGCAACAAUCGGUAAAAGAAAAAUUGCGAACGCGAGAAAUUUGCAUUAACUUGAAACUUGUAUUCUAGAAUUAAGAAUUGAGAAAUCGAGUCUCGACUUGAUCAAUUUUCGGAAAAAAUUAAAUUUUUAGCAUUGCUCAAUUAUAAAUUCUUCUUAAGGUAUCGGUGUGAAAUUAGUCGAUCGCACGAUUUUCUAAAAUCAUGUCAACAAAUUGAAGGAGGCGUUGAAUUUUGUUAUCUCCGUGGAACAAAUGUUAUAACCUAUAGCUUGCUGAUGAAAGAAGAAAUGUAUGAGAAUGUUAAAUUAACGGUAUAAAAAAUUAAUAUAAUGAUAAAUGCAGUUAACUAAUUAUCUAAGGAAGAAUUGUCCGUUUGAUGUAACAUUUUCAUGACGCGUGCAUUACUUUUCAAAAGUUACACCACAUCGUACAAGAGAAAGAUAUCAAAGAGAGAACAUAUUCCUCAUGUUACAUUACCUUAUCACAAAUGCAUUUCUUAUAGAUUUUACAAUCAUUGAACAGGUAAGCUGCUCGCUGUCUUUUCAACUUAUUUGUUUCUCGUCUUUGCACAACGGCUUAAUGAUUUUCCGUCUUCAAGGUUUCUUCUUUUUUCAAUCGAGAACACGAGCCAUCCUAACCUUUUGAAAAGAGAAAUUUUAGUUUGAACGUUAUUCUAUUUUUUCUUUUUCUUAUACUUUUCUCUUCGGAAACAUUAAAAUCGAUUAUUUCAAACUAAUCAAAGUUAAUAAUUGUACGUAUUUUUUUAGGAUAUGGAAACGGUGAAGGAAUACCUAGGAUAUGUCAAUCCUCAUUGGAUAGCUGUGGUGGUAACAGGAAUGUACACCCAUCUUCGACAAAUCUGUAUAAUCGGUUUAUGUUUCGACGAAGAUAAUAAUGGUCCUCCAUUCGAUCCGUCUUACGCGUCGGUUCUCUUCACAUUUUCCGUGCUGUGCCUUCUCGCCGAGUACAGACUUUGGCCUAGAACUCUGAAAGAGCCACCGAUUCAACUUCUCUAUAUCUACGAAAUGUUGGUAGCGGCAUUGACCACAAAUCUAGCCACGCGAGCAAUUUGGGUACCGUUUAUGCACGUUAUAUAUUGUUUAACUCAAGAGUCCAGUAAAUGUGUGAGUUUGUUGAACGCAAAAAAAAAAAAAAUGUUCUUUAUACGUUUUAUAUUGACGAAACUGGAUGUCACGAUUUCGUUCGCAAUUUUCUUUUUUACAAAUCUUAAAAAAUUAAUUUUUCAGUUGAUAUGGUUAAACGCGAUUUUGGGAUUGGGUCGUUACUCAUUUCUGUGUGAUCUUGCGUAUUACAUGGCGAAAGACUGCGCCGCGACACAUAUGGCUUUUUGCAUGUCCAUUUUGUCAUUCGUAUGGAUGCUGGAUGCCACCGAGUCUCUGGAUGCCAUUUUGGACACUUGGGCCAAGUAGUGAACCAGUAAUGUUUAGUUUUAUGAGACAAUUAUGUCAUAGAGUGAUAUAGACAUGACAUUUUAAUGUAAUUCGAUAUAUAUAUAUAUUUUUUAUAUAAAUAUAUAUAUAUAAAAUAACUUUUAUAUAUUAUUUUACGAAAAAAAAAUGAUUGGUUCGUAAGUAUGGUAAAAAUAUUAGGUACGUAUUAUGAUAAUUCGAAUAAACGAUCCUAAUAUUCGCAAUGUUUUAUUUAGGGAGAAAAGUUAUGGAUU